AUGGCUCCCGCGCUGCAUGUGAUGACGGCCUCCCAUGACCUCACGGUGAAGAUCUGGCACGCGGAGUCUGGCCAGUGCCUGCGCACGCUGGAGGGCCACCACGAUCAAGUGUUCUCCGCCGUGUUCUCGCCGGACGGGCUGGAGGUGCUGACCGCUUCAGAAGACGGCACGGCGAGGAUCUGGCACGCGGAUUCGGGCCAGAGCCUGCACACGCGUGUGCUGACCGCCUCUGGAGACGGCACGGCGAGGAUCUGGCACGCGGAGUCCGGCCAGUGCCUGCGCACGCUGGAGGGCCACGACGGUUUGGCAUGGUCCGCCGUGUUCUCGCCGGACGGGCUGGAGGUGCUGACCGCCUCCUAUGGCCGCACGGCGAAGAUUUGGUGCGCGGAGUCCAGCCAGUGCCUGCGCACGCUGGAGGGCCACCGCGAUAACGUGUUCUCCGCCGUGUUCUCGCCGGACGGGCUGGAGGUGCUGACCGCCUCCUGUGACCGCACGGCGAGGAUCUGGUACGCGGAGUCUGGCCAGUGCCUGCGCACGCUGGAGGGCCACCGCGGUGGCGUGGUGUCCGCCGUGUUCUCGCCGGACGGGCUGGAGGUGCUGACCGCCUCCUAUGACCGCACGGCGAGGAUUUGGCACGCGGGGUCUGGCCAGUGCCUGCGCAUGCUGGAGUGUCACCGAGAUUCCGUGGCAUCCGCCGUGUUCUCGCCGCAGUAA